UGUCAGUGGUUGCAUACCUUCAGUCUUCUGGGCAUGCGAGGGCACGCAGGCUUUCAGAAGACGAACUAGAGAAGAAAACUAUUGUAACACCUCUUUAGAGGUAACAUACAGUAUAACCAUGCCGUCCCCACUACCUUUACUCCUUCUGUUGAGCCACUUUGGUGUCAUCCACACCUGUCGCCCAGGGACUCUACAGGAGUGUCUCGAGGCCCCGUUUGUCCCAGGCCACAACCUUGCUGGAGAGGGGUUUGAUGUGGUCACGCUGCAGCACAAAGGAGCCUAUGUGCUGGACCUUCAGACAUACCUGACCCCAACAAACACCUGCACGCUAUGUGAGAACCCACAUCAGGGCGACCAGCUGCAGAAACUGCCCCUCUCUGUGCUAGACUGGCGCUCUACCACCAACUGUAAGGAGGAGCUCACCGAUGCAUUGCUCAGCUCUGUCACUAAAGUGUCAGAGAGUGCCACCUCUGUCAUAGAGAAAAAUUGGAGCGUGGGGCUAGAACUGGAUUAUAAAGUGAAAGUGAACAUGAAUUUGGGGGGCAGCCAUUCCACUCCAGUGAAAUUUGCCAUGGCCCAGUCUAGAGUUGACAAGUCAGCCUUUACUUCUCACCAAUUCAGCUGUACCCAUUACAGUUACCGUGUUCCAAGCAGUCCUCUUCUCAGCCCAGAGUUCCUUAUGCAUGUCCAGUCUCUUUCAGCCGACACCAAUGAGACUCAACAGGACCUGUAUCAUCGGUUUGUUGAAACGUACGGCACCCAUUACAUCCAAAGGGUGCGCCUUGGAGGACAUCUGACCCGACUUACCUCCGUCCGCUCCUGUCUUGCUUAUGUAAAUGGUCACUCAUCUUCUCAGGCGAAGGAUUGCAUCAACACUGGGCUUUCCAUCGGCCUGGGCUUUGUUGCUCCAUCAUUCACCACCAGCAAGUGCAACUCACUUCUACAGAAUCAGGACCACCAAGUGGAGUCUCGGCUAUCUUACUUGAACCAUGUUACAGAGGUGCUGGGUGGAGACAGGUGGUUUGGAGAGGUGUCACUCUUCAAGAAUGAUUCUGCUGAGUUCAGAAGCUGGCUGCAGAGCCUGAAGAAAAUCCCUGACAUUGUCGCCUACUCUCUUAUUCCACUCCAUGAGCUGGUAGCUAACCCUACUGUUAGGAGUAAUGUGAAAGACACACUGUACAUGGGCUUACAGUUGAAGUGUGGGACAAAGACACGCAUUACGAUGACCAACUUGGGUCCUGCACUGUCUGGCUGA